UUUAUAUGCCGUAGAAUUAUUAAUCCGCACCAUUACUCGGAAGUCUUCGGAUAUUGUCGCACCAUUGUGAAACUCGAAAACAAAAAAUAGAAACUUUUUUCUCACUUGUUUGGUUUACAGAUGGAAGCAGACUUUACCGACGGUGAAGGUGGAGGGACACCCUUGCAGGAUGAGCCAGAGUAUGACUAUAAUAUCCAAGAGGGUCGUGAAGACAACAGAAAUCAUAAUGCAGGAGAGUUUAGAAGUGAGGAUGAAAUGGAACAAGGUGAAACUUCACAGUCAGAAGGGGAACAAGAAAGAAUGUCUGUAAACAGUGGUCCAAGGUCUCCUGAUGAUAUGCCACAAUCUCCGAUUGGUUCACCUGCCUCUCCUCAGGGUUCACCUAAAUCCCCAUCAGAGGGUCCUCCAGGCUCCCCUGGGAAUAGUGAAGGUGGUCCAGAUUCACCAAGGUCACCUACCUCCCCAACAGAGAGUGGAAGAGGACCUGGCUCUCCAAGGUCUCCAUAUGAGGAUGAUGGAGAAGGUCCAGGAUCCCCAGUACCUGCUGACAGUCAGCCUGAAUCUCCAAGUGGACCAGCAUCACCCACAGAAGAAACACAGCCACCCGAUUGCCCUGCAGAAAAUGGAAGUGGCCCAGCAUCUCCUGCUGGUAGUGAUGUUGAAAUGGAACAUCCUGCAUCACCCCUUGGUAGUGCACCAGGAUCACCAGCUGAAAGAAGUAGGUCACCUUCUCCAGCAGGAAGUGCACCUGCAUCACCUGAUCAAGAUGGAAGUGCCCCUGGUUCCCCAGCUCAAGAUAGGAGUAGAUCUCCUUCCCCAACAGGAAGUGGAAGAAGUAGGUCAGCAAGUCCUGCAGGCAGUCAUGCAAGUAGAUCAAGGUCAAACUCUCCAGCUGAAGGACAGAGAAGUAGGUCAGGUUCUCCAACAGGAAGCCCUGCAAGAAGUAGGUCAGGAAGUCCAGCAAGUCAGAAAAGUAGGUCAAGAUCUGGCAGUCCUGCACGAAGUCAGUCAAGAAGUCCUGCUAGAAGUAGGUCAGGAAGUCCAGCUAGUCAGAGGUCAAGGUCUGGUAGUCCAGCCAGCAGGGGAAGUAGGUCGAGGUCUGGUAGUCCAGCGAGUAGAAGGAGUAGGUCAGGGUCAGGAAGUCCGGCAAGGUCAAGAUCAGGCUCUCCAGCCAGAAGUAGGUCAGGGAGCCCAGCUAGUCGAGGAAGUAGGUCAAGGUCUGGGUCACCAGCUGGAAGUGAUCGCAGUAGAAGCCGGUCAGGAUCUAGGGCCAGUGGCAGAAGCAGGUCUCGCAGCAGAAGUCGAAGUGGUUCAAGGUCAAGGUCAGUUUCGCCUGCAGGAAGUGGUACACCCCCAUACUCCCCACUUGGUAGCAGGGGAAGUGGAAGUCCUCCAAGGUCACCUGCCGGUAGUGACAAGGGUGGAUCUGAUGCAGAAAAGGCGAAGGGAAGUGAUGAUGAGAGUGAUAAAGAUGACUUGGUGGCAGACAUUUUUGGCUCCAGUGACGAAGAGGAAGAAUUUGAAGGUUUUGGAGAAGCUGAUGUUGAAGCUACAGCUCGAAAGAAAAAGGAAAAAACAGCCAUACUAUCUGAUGAUGAGGGAGAGGGCAUGGCAACAGGGGAGGCAACUGGGAGUCAGGCACUUCCAGAAAUGUCUGACGAUGAGAAUGAUGCAGCAGCAAGACAAGAUGGGAAAGGGGACAUUGAGGACCAAGUUUCAGAUUUUGAUCUGAUGAUAAUGAAGAAGAAAGAGGAGAUGAAGAGUCGACGGAGAAAACGGAAAGAUUUUGAUCUAAUUAAUGACAGUGAUGACCUUAUAGCAGAUAUGAUAAACAAAAUGAAGGUUGCUGCCGAGGAGGAUAGAGCUUUAAAUAUGGAGAAGAAACCAGCCAUUAGAAAACUCAAAUAUUUACCUACCGUUGUGUCUCAGCUAAAAAAGGCAGAUCUUCAUGGUGCUUUUCUGGAUUGUGGUAUUUUAAGUACAAUGACAGAGUGGUUAGCUCCCCUGCCAGACAAAAGCUUACCUAAUUUACAGAUUAGACAAGCGUUUCUCAAGAUUCUUGGAGAGUUUCCAACUCUCAAUCCAGGUGCUUUAAAGACAAGUGGAAUAGGAAAAGCUGUGAUGUAUUUAUAUAAAUAUCCCAAAGAAAUCAAAGAGAACAGAGACAUGGCUGGAAAACUUAUCAAUGAUUGGUCAAGACCAUUAUUUAAUCUCACAUCCAAUUAUAAAUCCUUGUCGAAAGAAGAAAGAGAACAAAGAGAUUAUGACCAGUUACCUAAAAGAAGGAGAACAAGCAUGGAGGAUGGUGGAAUGACACCGAGGAAAGAUCUUGACAAGUCUCUAACAGGGGAACAAAAAGCUCUGAGGCCAGGUGACCCAGGAUGGAUUUACAGAGCCAGAGUGCCCCUACCUUCUAAUAAAGAUUAUGUGAUCCGACCUAAAUGGAAAACUGAAGACGAAGGGGAGGAUGAAAGAAGUGUUAGAAGGGGGGCAGGAAAGAAGGAACCAUCUAGAUAUGAGAAACAAGUUCGAAAAUUUGCUGAGAAGAAGAAAAAUUCUAAAUCAAUGCGAGCAGUGACUAUAAGUAUAGAAGGAAGAAAUAUGGCAUUGUGAUGUAUAGCAAUAUUCUGGCAACAAUCUGGCAACAGUCUGGCAACAAUCUCAAUAUUUGAUGAGAUAUUUCUAAAGAUUUGUUGAAAACUUCACAUAUUUCUGUGUUGAAUGUGUCAGAGGUGGUUGAGAGAGUUUGAUGAAAAAACGUAAGAAAAUUUGUUAAGUUUUCUAAUACAGAUUACGUCAAAAGUCUUUCACCAUCAGUGUCUCUUUACUGGGCAUGUGAUCUUGAUAUACCAGGCACUUAGUUAUAGAGACAAGAAAAAUGAAGGUUGUUUCUUGUGAAAACAGGAAGAGUUAAAGAAGAAAGGACUUUUCUUGUGAUGCGUUAUUCACAACAUAGAGAGAAGAAAAAGUUAAGAAGCAUGAGGAAUGUGUUCAGACAAUUGAUGUUAUAGAACAGUGUAAUGGACUCGUAGAAAUUGAAAUUGUAUGAAAAAAAAACUGUGCUGAGUUAUUUCAUGUUAAUGCAACCUGAAUACUUUUGUUACAAUUUCUGUGAAUUGUAGAUUAAAAUGUACUGUUCUAAACAUGUACCAUUUAGACUAUAUAUUUGUUUUACUUUUUGAUCCUGAUUUGAAGAGCAUUGAAAUGUUAAAUGUAUUCCAUUUACUUUGGAAUAUUGUAUAUGCUGUUAGAAUUUAGUGCUACCAGUAAGUGACUUUGGUAAUAUUAGAUACCAAUUGUAGUAAUAGUUGUUUGAUUAAUUUUGGAAGAAAGCAUGGGGCGUAUUGAGGAAUAUGUACAAAAGAACUUGAUGCUUGGCUGCAUUACUGGUAAAAAUAUGAAGCACUUGAAAGAUUUUGCAUUCAGGUAGUGAUAAUUUGCAAGCAGUUUGGCAUUACAUGCGUGAAGUGUACAUAAUUACAAAUAUAGAUGUGAAAAAAAAUGAAAAUGAUUUCUUGAGAAACUAGCAAUGUUUUCUGUAUCUAGCCCAAAAUACAUCAUGACAUUUAGCUCUCCGCUACCCAUAUUCAUCCACAUUUAAAGUCUGAAAUCUAAACUAAAAUGAUUCAUAAUUGUUUGGCUGCGGCAUUGCUGAAUAUGCAUUUAUUGCAAGGAAACUUUUCAGGAAUCUUCAUUCUGCUACUAAUGAUGGCUCUGCAAAUUUUCAGCAGUAUGCAUUUGCUACAGACAAAGUUUUGGCAAAUUGAAUAUUUUCUUUUCUUAAGGCUAAGUUUAAGAAUUUAAACAUUAAUUAAUACUGAUUCUGGUGCUUACUGCCUUAGAUACAAUCUGUACAAUCUCAUGAGAGAGAAUAUUUCACUGUUCUGCUGAUGAAUAAUGUCUCAGCUUGAGUCUUUUUCCAGCAUUGAAAAUCAGAAUUUGUCAUAUUAUAUGAAACAGUGAGAUUCAAAAACUUUGUUUUAACCAUUUGCCAACAAUUAAGGGAUGAAAAUAAACAUGUCAUGAGAUGUACAUGUAUUAAAUGAUUAUAUUUGCUAUCCUAGAUAUUAAAAUAGAUGUUAGAUAAACAAACUGUGAAGAUUGUUGUAACUGCUUAUCUGUCGGGAACAGAUUCCUUAUUUCAAAUAAAAUGUUGUGGUAGGUCAUUUACUGGAUAGAGUUGAUUGGGUACAAAUUGUUUUAUUACAGUAUUUUCAAACACAGGUUAUUUUUAAAAAAAAAUGAACCAAUAUCCCAAAAAGAUAUAAUCAAAAAGUUUGACAGUAAGUUUGAUGUAGGUAUUUGUGACUGGGACAUUCUGUGGAAUGCGGGGCUCCACAAUUGUAACUUGGACAUUCUUUGUAUGGUGAUGUCAUGCAGUUAGAAAUAUGAUGUAUUAAUUCAAUUUUUGUCAGACAUUUAGUUCCUCAAAUAUAUUCUGUUUCUCUCAUUAUAUUUUGCUCCUAGUGCUUUAACCUUAACCCUGCUAAAUUUCUAGGUGGACUGGUCCAUCAUUCAAAUUGGGCAGCACCACUUAUUAUUCAAAGGGGUGUUCACUGAAAAAUUACUGACUGAAUAGCGAACAGUGCAGACCAUGAUCCUUGCUGCUAGGAGGCUAAAGGUUUAUUUUGAUGAAACUUCGUAGAAAUAUUUGAAGAUGAAAGAUCUGUAUUCCUACAGCACAUUAGCUGGGUUUUAUUUAAUCAAAUUAAUCCAUUGAUUUUUCUUGUAGAAGUUAAUAUUUCUAUACUUCAUUGGUUCAUGUUGGUCCAAGGUUACAAAACUGAGUUAGGAGACCAGUCUGAGAACUAAAGUGUCUGAUUGGUUGUUUCCGGACACAAUUUUGAAACUGACCAAUGGCAAGUCUUCAUUCUCUGGUCUCGAAACAUUUUCAAACUUUAAUGUUUACCAUGCUAAAUUUCUAAAAUGGACUGUUCCAUCAUUCAGUUUGGGCACUACCACGUAUUAUUGAAGGGGUGUUAUUCAGUGCAGACGCUGAUCAGCCUGCAUGGACGUGCAGGCUGAUCUUGGUCUGUACUGGUCGCAAAGGCAGAAUCACUUGCCGCCAGCAGGCUAAGUGUUAAAAGGAGAUGGCAAAACAUUUUAGAUAUGGUAAAACACUGAUCACUUGAUGCCGAAAGGGGAUGAGCAAAAAACUUAAGUUGUCAAUGGGUUUCAUGCAGUCUAAACAAAGCUUUAUAUUGUACACACAGUGUGUUUUUGUCAAUAAAAUGCUGCUUACAAGUUUGGGAGAGAAAAUAUAAUUAUGGAGGUAUACCCUUUUAAAUGAGUUUAAGCAGAUUUCACAAUAUAUACUACCUGAGUGCAGGUAAGUUGUAAUCUGUGACUAUUCUUUAUUAAGAGUUGAUCAAAGGACAAAUUGACAGCUACAUUUUGUAUUUUGAUUUUCAGUACUAGUAGUAUUUUAUCAAAAGCAACAAUGAUAUUUAUUGGAAAUUGAAUGACUGUGUUCUAUAGUUAUGUUUCAGGACUUGAAUACUGAUUCAGUUUGUGUAAUUGUAUUAUUUGUGACGAUAAUUUCUACUUGUAAAUAAAUGAUAAUAAAUGCUUUAACAGAUA